UCGUGUUUAAAAAUUUUUUUUUUUUGGGAAAAACAGGAAAUUUUCAUUAAAUAUACACACGCAGAUCAUCCAAUCACCACAUUGAAACAUUGGCUACGUUGGCACCAAUCACAGUGACAUUUUGUGAUUUUGUGUGUGUGUGUGUAUGCGUAUGUUUAGCAAUCAAAAUUAGUCAAUCAAAAUAUCCAAAGAACAAAAAAAAUCUCACACUAUUUCGAGAUUAUGUUAUUGUCGACCAUAUGGACAAUGUUUACAUUAAAUAAAAAUAAUGGUGUUAUUAGUAUACGUUCAAACACGUGGCAUUCAUGCGGCGUAUACUUGACAAUAUAUUUGAUCAUAUUUGUUUGUUUCAUCACAACUGGAACAAUCAAUGCAAAUCCAUCACCGAUAAAUAUAACAACCGUUCCAGAAACAAUAGUGGAAGUGGAUAUUGAUUUAAACAAUGGUGUUGAUGAUAAUGAACAGCUAACAACAACAUCUAUACCGAUUUUCGAAACAACAACAAGUAAUAAUGAAUUUAUUUCUUCAGUUAUUGAUCAAUUAAAUGAAACGAUUAAUGGAACAAAUUCAUCGACUUUGGUAGAUGAUGUUGUAGUAGUAGAACCUUAUACACCGAAAUGUGAUCCAAUAACUGAAGUAUUAAGUAAUUGUUCGAAUAGUUGCCCAGCAACAUGUGAAGAUUUGGAUCGAAAACCAUGUAAAAAUUUUUGCUGGAAAAGUUGUGAAUGUGCACCGGGUUAUGUAAGAAAUUAUCAAUGGAAAUGUAUUGCCCGUGAAAAAUGUCCAAAAUGUGAAAAUAAUGAACAUUAUAGAAAUUGUGGACCAGAAUGUGAACAAACAUGUGAAACAUAUCAGAAUCCACCUGCAUACUGUAAUCGACAUUAUUGUAAACGUGGCUGUUUCUGUAAUUAUGGUUUUGUUCGUGAUAUGUCCCAAAAUGGAACCUGUACACCAAUCAACGAAUGUCCCAAUAAAUGUGGCCCAAAUGAAUAUUGGGACGUGAAUGGUGAACCAUGUAUCCGGACAACGGAAGAUCCAAGGCCAAAAUGUUUAUUUGAAAAGCCGGUAUCAGGUUGUAUAUGUAAUACCGGAUUUGUACGUGAUCCAAAUACUAAACAAUGUCAGCCAAUAACAACAGAACCAAUCAAAUGUGAACAUAAUGAAACCUAUUCACAAUGUGGUUCGGAUUGUGCCAUGAAUUGUUUUGAUCAUAAUAAACGCGAAAGAUGUCCCACUGUUUGUAAUCGUGGAUGUUUCUGUAAAGAUGGUUAUCGCCGUCAAUAUUCUACUCAACGAUGUGUAUUACCUGAAGAUUGUAAUAAUAAUUCGAACGGUAUCGUACGUGAUCAAACACUAAUCGAAUUUGCCUAAAAAAAAUAUAAUUGAACAAAAAAAAAAUUUUAAUUCGAAAAUUUCAAAACAAAACAUGAAACUCACCGUCACCUAUCGCCAUCUAUCGUUUCGGUAGAGAAUUUUCUGACAUUCUAAAUGUCAAUAUUUCGUUCAUAGAUGGUACUGUAAAGA